UCAUUACAUGUUUUUUCGGUUUUUUGAAAAAUAUAUUCAUUUUUAAAACCAUGACUCUUGGUAGUUGGUACAUUUUCUAACUUGAUUAAUUACCUAUUCAUAGUUCGUACAUGUGUACAUGUGUAUAAUUCAUAAACAUUGUUUUAUUAUUGUAUAAUUAAUAAUUUAUUCUAUUCUUCUUGAUAAAAUCUAAUAGAAAAAAUUAAAAAGAAGAGAAUGCCGAUGGCAUCACCACAGAACAAUUUAAAGUCGUGCUCAAGACCAUAGACUUAUUAAUAUAGGUCUUUACUCUUUAUAGGUCUAUGCUCAAGACACAAGUAAAAUUUAACACGAUAGAUAAGAUAAGAUUUUGAUUUUUGAAUUGCUACAGCACUACAACAGCAUUGCUAGCAGUAUUAAACAGUAAAACUUGUUAAAUGAAAAAUGCAAUUAUGCGAGUACUUAUUGAAUAAUAAUAAUUUAUAAAACCACAGACUGAUAAUCAAAAAAAAAAGAAGAGAAAUUAAGAAGAUACAUAAAUGUGCAAUCGUCCAUUGUUGAAACAUGAAAUAUCCAACAUCGUUGACUGUUUGUGCAUCAUUAUUGACUAUAAGAUUGUUCCAUCUAUAUAUAAUUCGUUCAUGGUAUGUCCCAGAUGAAUACUGGCAGUCUUUAGAGAUAGCGCAUUAUAUUACUUUUGGUUUUGGAUAUCGCACUUGGGAGUGGAUUGUCGGUGUAAGAAGUUACUUAUCCAUUUCAUGGAUUGUAAUAGUAUAUAAAAUUUUAAAAUUUUUCUCCCUGGAUACAUUACAAUUUUUAAUAUGGAGUCCACGGUUUCUACAAACACUCUUUUCAACAUUCUCAGAUUACUGUUUUGUGUCCUGGAUACAAAAACACUCUAAAUGUUUAAAUGUAUUUUGGCCAGUCGUUUGUUAUAUGUCAAGUCCGUUUUUGGCAUAUUGUUCGACGCGUACCUUAGUUAACACAUUGGAAACCAACAUGACAACAAUUGCCUUGUAUUAUUACCCUUGGUCAUUGAGGAAUAAAGACGUAAAAUUUUUAUGGAUAGUUGCUCUUGUUUGUGUUAUGCGCCCAACAGCAAUAAUAGUGUGGCUACCAUUAAUUGCAUUUGAUUUUUUUGCUCAUAAACGGUACACUCUAAAUAACCUAGCAAGGUAUAUUUGUAUUGGUUUGACGUCACUUAUGCUUUCUAUAACAUUAGAUACAUAUUUUCAUGGUUCUUUUGUUGUUACACAAUGGAAUUUUUUGUAUUAUAAUAUUAUAAAAAAAGUCAAUGCUCAUUAUUCUGUUGAACAUUGGUAUUGGUACUUUGUCAGUGGAUUACCACCAGUGUUGGGACCUAUAUUUUUUAUAUUCAUUUAUUGUUUUAUCAAAAAAAUAAAACACAUUAAUCUUAAUGAUAUUGAUUCCAAGUUGAUAAUCACAGUAUUUUGGUCUUUGUCAGUGUUAAGUAUGAUUGCUCAUAAAGAACAAAGAUUUCUACUACCAUUGUUUCCUAUGAUAUUUUUCAUUACAUCUCAACAAAUUUCUAUAGUUUGUAAUAAGUUUAUAAAAUUAGGAACCUUUACGGUCAUAUUAAAUAUCAUAGUAUUGAUUUAUUUGGGGCGGUAUCAUCAAAUAGGGUCUACCAGAGUUAUGCCAUAUUUAGCUAAGAUACCCCAAAAUUCAACUUUAUUAUUUCUAAUGCCAUGUCACUCAACUCCACUUUACAGUCAUCUUCAUUUGAAUAUAUCUGCAAGGAUUUUAACAUGUGAGCCAAACCUAAACGGCAUUUCAAAUUAUACUGAUGAAGCUGAUAUAUUUUUUGAAAACCCAAAUAAGUGGCUUGAUGAGUCGUAUUCCGCUCAAAGUAAUAACAAUUUACCAACACACAUAGUUAUGUUUGAGGUACUAUCAAACACACUACAUGCAUUUUUAACUAAAGGAAAAUACAAGAAUGUUUUGUCAAUGUUUCACACCGAUUUUCCAUCUACGAGAAUUGGACGGUACAUAAAUGUGUUUUCAUGUAUUGAAUACCCUGAUCAGUAUAAUUAUUUUGAAGGUCGUUUUAGGUAAAAUAGAAUGUUGAAGGUUUUAUUAUAUUUUUAUUAACUAUUUUUUUACAUUUUGGUUUUGUUAUAUAAAAGAAUAUUGAAGUUUAUAUACAUUAAUUGAAAACUAUUAAAUCAUGUUGAAUACCUGUUACCUACCAAUAAAUGUUUAAUUUUGUUUUUAAUCAUAUAUUGUUAAGUUAUCAUUUUAAGUAUUAAAAUGAUUUAAAAUUUUCAGUAU